AUGGCCAACGACGAUUUGAUCCACAAGCUUACCUGGUCACCGGCCGCACUGUCCAAAGAACCGUUAAGCAUUGCACAUGUGGUGUUUGUGGUCGCGGACAAGGAGAGCGAAAGCUUAUCUGUGUACCAGAGGCAGCUUGUCAACGAGGGUAUCACCACUUUCGUUACCGAUGAUGCAAUGAAGAUUGACCCCUUGAUAACCCCGGGGACGAUUGUCGUCUAUAUCCCACCCACGGCUAAGAGUAAGAAUGAGAUAUACGCGGCCGCGAGUCAGGCGUGCACCGGCUUGAUAAGCGUUGCACAACAGCUCAAUCACCGCAUCAUUUCCGCUAAGAGCGAGACAGUUAAGCUUUUCUCCAUCGUUCCAUUGGACCGGGGCAUAGGCGACCUCGUGUACGCUCCACUGCAGGGCUUGUCGCGGGUGUUGAAGACUGAAAUCCCAGAGAUUUUUGGCGGCCUGUUCGAGGACGACCGCGGGGUUUUCCCGUUGUCCGCAGUGAAGUACGCACAGGGCUUCGAUGUGGUCAGAGUCUGCGAAGGCGAAGCACGGGUCGCUUAUCUUCAACCCUUUACGGAUGAUGAGCCUAGUGAUAAGAAGGGACUUCAGCUACAUGCAAACAGCUCCUACCUGAUCACAGGAGGCACCGGAGGUAUAGGACUGGCAACAGCAACUUGGCUGGCGCAGCGAGGCGCUCGGAACAUAGUACUUGUGUCCCGCCGUGGCCUUCCACCAAGCACUGACAGCAAGCCAGUUGAGGCAAAUAGCGCGGACCCAAUCUCGCGUAUUGCCAAGCUCAAGGCUGUGGGCAUUUUGGUACAUGUGCUGGCUGUUGAUAUCAGCAAGCCCAACGCUGAUGUGACACUAAGCCAAGCCAUUAACGACUUGGGUAUUCCACCGAUAAAGGGAGUCAUUCACGCAGCCGGUACCGCGGGUUACCAUACGCUGACGCGAUGCACUCCUACUGAUAUUGCGGACAACUUAGCGCCAAAAGUGAUCGGCAGCUUGAAUCUAGACUCACUCUUCCCACCCAGGACUCUGGACUUCUUCGUAUUCACCUCUUCAGUUGGACAGCUUGUCGGAUUUCCAGGACAAUUGGCAUACGCGCCCUCCAAUGCCUUCCUGGACGCACUGGCAGCCCACCGAAGGCGCCAGGGUGAUAACAGCAUGGCUAUCUUAUGGACUGGCUGGCAGGGAACAGGCGUCUGGGAUCAGAACAAGGCAGCAAUGCGAAGGCUUAACAAGGCCUCAAUUUCGAGGGGAAUUGCAGACAUCAGUCCGGACGAGGCAUUUGCGGCGUGGGACCACAUAGCCAGCCUUAAGAGUGACCACGCAGUGGUGGUGCGCGUUUUGGAACUCGAUGCUGAUGAGCCCGUACGACAUCCUAUGCUCAAAUACAUCACUCCCCGCAAACAAGCAUAUCAAUCUACCACUAUGGACUACAAGGAGUACCCCGAGCAUGCAAUUGCGGUGAUAGGCAUGGCUUGUCGUACAGCUGCUGGAAAUACAGAGAAUGAUAUCUGGCAGGCCAUCCUGGAGGGCAAGAGUAUAGUGCGCGAGGUAGACGAAAAGCGGUUUCCCGGUGUGGUCCGCGAUGGCAAGAUGUGGGGAAGCUUUAUGUCUGAUAUCGACUUAUUCGAUCAUCAAUUCUUCCAGAGAUCCAAGCGGGAAGCCGCUGCUUCAGACCCGCACCAGCGAGUGCUCCUUGAAACUGCGUACCACGCACUCGAAUCGGCGGGUUACUUUGGACCGGGCCAGCAACAGGGAGAAACUCACGACCCAGAUAGCCACACAACUGGCUGCUUCAUCGGAAUGAGCGCUCCUGACCACAUCUUACAUUUGGCGAGCAAUCCCCACUCACCUUACACAGGACUGGGCAUGAUGCGAUCAUUUGUGGCUGGCCGAUUGAGUCAUUAUUUUGGUUGGACAGGACCCUCACAUACCAUUGAUACGGCUUGUUCAUCAGCUAUGGUUGCUAUUCACCAAGCCUGCCGUGCUAUUCAGGUUGGUGAGUGCACGCAGGCCGUCGCGGGUGGUGUCCAUCUACUUUUGAACAUGGAAAGCUCCGACGCACUGCGUGCCAGCGGGUUCACCAACGAAACUGGGACCUGCAAAGCGUUCGACUCGCGGGCUGAUGGGUAUUGUCGUGGGGAGGGCGUUGGCGUUGUCAUAUUGAAGCCUUUGGCACGGGCCUUACAAGAUGGGGACAACAUCCAAGGUGUGCUUCUGGCCACCGGCAACAACCAAAACAUCAACAGCACGAGUAUCACCAACCCUGUUUUGGCGAGCCAGGUUGCCUUAUACAAGGAUGUGCUGAAUCGCGCUGGAGUCAACCCAGCAGAUGUCUCCUAUGUCGAGGCUCACGGAACGGGCACGCGCGCCGGCGAUCCUGUCGAAAUCCAGGGUAUUCGGGAGGUAUUCGGUGGGAAGGACAGACCAUCAAUCUUGAAUAUUGGUGCGGUCAAGGCCAACGUGAGCCAUGCUGAAGGAGCUUCGGGCGUGGUAUCUUUGAUCAAGGUGCUGCUCAUGUUGAAACACGGCAAGAUUCCGGGGCAGGCUGAGCUACAUGCAUUGAACCCAAAUAUUCCGGCCCUUGAGCCUGAUGGAAUGGCUAUCCCGACGUCUCCGAGCGAAUGGCGCGAUAAUAAGCGCCUCGCCGUGGUCAAUAAUUACGGCGCUUCGGGAAAUAAUGCUAGCGCUGUUGUUGCGCCGCCGCCUCGUCAGCCAUCUUCGGCAUUGCCAACGAUCCCAUCUGCCUCUACCUGGCCUGUUUUCAUUUCCGCUGCUUCACGUGUGAGCCUAUUGGCAUAUUGCAAUACAUUGAGUCGCAAGAUUAUCGAAGAAUCACCUGCUCCUGAGUUGUUCCCUCACCUGUCUUUUGCUUUGGCGACGAGGCAGAACCGUCAGCUUCGACAUCUCUUCUGUACAUCAGCGACUUCAUUGAGCGAUAUACAACCCCAGCUUUCCGACCCAGAGAAACAUAUUGUCCUCUCACCACAACCAAAGCCCGUCGUGCUCCUUUUCAGUGGACAGAACGGUGAUACAGUACCUUCGGUCGGGCAGCUAUAUGAAAGCAGUCUGUUAUUUCGAGCGCACCUGCACCGGUGCGAGGAUGUGAUGCAGUCGCUCGGGCUCCCCAGUCUUUUCCCGGUUAUCCUUCAAGGUAUCCAAGGCGGAGCUGAUCUUAUCCUCCGACAUAUCAGCAUGUUCGCGAUUCAGUACUCGUGUGGAAUGUCGUGGAUUGACUCUGGAGUAAGGCCGAAGGCUCUUUGCGGUCACUCCUUCGGUGAGUGGGCUGCACUCGCGGUCUCGGGCGCCAUAACGCUCGAAGCUGGCAUUAAAAUUGUAUCUGGCUUAACUCACCCAACUCUUCAUACAGAGACUUCGAAUACAGGAAAGUUAACAGCUCAUAGGCCGUGCAGCUAUUAUCCAGGAGCUCUGGGGCGAUGA